AUGUUUAUUUUGAUUCUCUUAAUAGUUAAAGCAAUACAAUUUACAAUCAAGGUUGAUUAAACUACAUGCUAAUGUUUAGACAUUCCAUAAGAAGAAGUUUGUAAUGAAUCCUUAUUUUGUAAAUGGUUUGAAGGAUCAUGUUAAAAGCUGAAUUGUACAGAUGCAACUGAUCAAGAUUAGUGUGAUCGUAUAUUACCAAAUUCAUAUAAAUGUGCCUGGAAUUAGGGUAAAUGUUAAAAGUUUACAGCUUGCUCUGACUAUCUAGUUUCCCAACCUCAAGAAUGUUUUGAAAAAUGGUUCUGUGUUGAUGGUGGUGUGACUGCAAAUGGGCUUUACACUUGCGCAGAUCAAAAUUUAGAAGAUGAAGAUGAAAAUGAAGAAAUCAUAUGUGAUAAUUUAAUAAGUGAUGAGGAAUGUAUAGGUAUAUAAAAAGAUGGUGAUUAUUGUGUUUGGAAUACUACAAAUUUGAAUUGUACUUCCUAAAGUAUUAAAAGUUGCGCUGAUGCUUCUUAAACUAAUCAAGAAUAUUGUAAAUAAACCUCAUGUAAAUGGGAUGAAUAAACUCAAGAAUGUAUUGAUUUAUCUUGUGAUUAAUUUGAAACAGAACCUGAAUGCCAUUUUUAUUUCAAUUUUGAUUUCAGUGAAGUUACUAAUUGUUUAUGGAACAAUUAGAAAUGCAUUGACUUUGACAUAACAGAUUUAGCCCCAGAGUAAUGUUUGAACAUUACACUUAAUACUUAUGUUUGGAAUUCUAUCUAAGCUAGAUGCAUUGAAUGUGCUGAAAGUUACAUUUUAACAUUGAUAUUAAUAAUAAUAUUACUUAUGGUAUAAAUUUGA